CAUGUAUGGUGCAGUUCCGCGUGACAUGAUAGACGCAGGUCUGAUCCGCGAGACGAUGCGAUAACUAUAGACUGCGGGCCGUGGCUUUAUGAUGCCGUUGCUCGAUAAGCUGCUACCUGCGAGGAAGAGCAGUCCGUGCGAGAGUGCUGAGAGCCUAGUGUCCAGUGCGCGAACAACUGAGAAUGAUAGGGACUCCGUUUUGCAAGUUGGAGCGGAGCAAGUGCGGAUUUUGCUAUUUCGAGAAUGCGAAUGGCGCGGUAGGAAACUUCUCUUCGACUCGAUGACAGUGCAGAAACAUCGAAGUAAAAGCGAAACCGUGUGCACUACGGUAAACAACAAUGCGGAGAGAAAAUGCGAAACGCCUUUUAACCUAGGGACUGCUCGCGAUUUCGAGCGAGACAAGACCGUUGAAGAUGACGUGAGCCUUCUGAGCGAAAUGGUGUUCGGCACCGUGGCAAUGACAUACAGAGGAUCGUCAUUUAAGGUUCACUCGAUGAAUUCUCCACCGUGCAUCAUGUGCACGAAAAUCUUUCCUGCGACGGAACAUGGCACGUGUAAAACGAGUGAAAAAGUCUCAGAUGAAGGACUUGGACGGUCGAUGCACGUGGAUUCUACUUCUAGCAAUACUAGUAUGCGAUCAUUUCUGUCUCGGCCGAGCUCCGGCAAUCUGUCGAGUAACGAUUCGCACGUAGGCCCGCGAAAAAGUUCGACGUGCUCGAGUACCGGGAGCGGCUGGGACAUAGACAUAGCUCCGCCGACGAGCAGUUCGCAAUCGUUGGAGAGUAACGGAUCGUCCGGGAUCGGCAGUCUCACCAGCUUGCGCAGAAGAUGGUGGAGGGUGGUCUCGACUUCCCUCGGACGAUUGGAUUCCGACGAUGCCUUCGGGAUGCAGCACUGGAACGAGAACGGAAGUGACGGGCGUGACGGACACGCGAAGCGACACAAAACCAGGCUGGGUUUGACGAUGUUAGUGCGAUUGGUUCAGGGCCAUGAAAGCCAGAUAAAGACGAGGCUUUUAGAACAUAUGGCUCUCCUAGAAGGGAUGCUGGAUCGUUUGAGAUAUUUUUGCAUUGAAAUGAGCAAUAUCAACGGUUCCAACUGCAACAGGAUGCAGUUGACUGACAGAAUGUGCUGGGCGACGUCACGAUUUGUCAUUUCGUUGUUGCAUAUACUUCUUGAUGUCGACGUUAACACGCGCACGCCUCUACUGUGGCACGACGUUCUGCUUAACUCCGUGACGGUGAAUGAGACGACGAAUACCUUGCAUCGCAGUUUGCAACAGAUGUGUCAAUUAUUCGACGAGAUCGAUACGAAAUCUACAAAUUUUUUCCUAAGCACCGUGGUAACUGCUGUAUUAACGUAUCACCUCGGCUGGGUGUACACCGUGCUGUCACCGCAUGAUCGGCAGAUGAUCGAGAAGCUGGGUAGCUGGUAUUCUUGCAAUCCACUGUGGGCACAACUUGGUGACCUGUAUGGCGCGCUAGGCAACCCCGUGAAAGUGUCGCAUACCGUAAUUGCGGGCGAUCCUCGAAAAAGCGAUUUGAUCAAUUCCGUCCUGUCGUUUUUGUCUUACUUCAUCCGCAGUGGGAUAAUACGGAAAAGUCAGGAAUACCGUUGCACAUCACAGCAAGACGUGCAGAUGGCGACGAACAUGCUGGAGCAGGCUCGCAGCAAACGACCGUAUCUGUUCGGUAACAGGAGACCGACGUGCGCGUUCAACGAUCGAGACACCUCGAUUCGUAGACGCGAAUCGCUCGUCUUACCGUCGCGCAAGUCGGCACAAUCGCCUGAAACCGGAACCGGCGAUGUUAACGUACAAUGCACUCCACGAUAUCCGGCAGAACGGCCGAGGAUCUCGCGAUCCGUCAGUCCCCUGAAGCGUAGCGGCACCAUGAAAUCCGGCCUUGACACGCUUAUGACGAAAUCGACCGAACCACCGGUAGAUCUCAAGUUUUCAACGAAAGAAUUUCCAUCGCGCGAAAAUCACGAGAGCGAGAAAUACGAGCUGUUGCAAGAGGAUCGAUCGGAUAAAGACAAGGAGAAAAAUUUCAAAGUGUCGAGCGAAGUGAAAAUAAUCGUUAGUGAGAUCGACUCGCAGGAGGAUAUCAUUUCAAAGGGAUGUCAGCCGCAAAAUUUCCCGCAGCUUUCUUUGCGAGGCCUCGAGAAGAAGUUGGACGCUCACCAUACCGAAGAGAGUCUCGCGACUGGAAAGUCUGAACUGCAUCAUCGGCUGAAUAACAAUAUAGAUCCGCUGAAGAUGUUCUACAGCAGACCUGAGUUACCGCUCGAUGCGAACGGUGGAUUCGUCGACGAAUUUAAGGAAUCGCAGGUCUUCUUCACUCUCGGUGGGGAAGAUAAGCCCGCAAAGUUACCGUUGAGACCGCGUCUCGGCAACAACUGUCAAUGCUCUUACACCUUCACGAGACUGCCUAGCACAUCUGCGCAACUUCCGGAAGGCGUACUGAGGAAGAUCAUCCAGCGAAACUUUCCCGAAUCGUCGAAGAGCAUACAGCCGCCUCCGGGAGCGGCAUCCAGCAUGGGGACGAGGUCUAUAGGUUUUUGUUUAAAGUGCAACGGUCAGGGAUACGCUGCCUCACAAGAUUAUGACAGCAGCAAGCAGGUGUUGGAGACACCGACAAACGCGACGGAGGUGUUGCGCGGAAGUUCCGAAGGUGGCAGAACCAUGAGACUGUCUCGAUCCAACAGUCUUGAGGCUCUGAUGGAAGCCAACAGCGUCGUGGAAUUGCCAAUGCCACAGUCGGUAUCGAGGAAAAUUUCACAGGUUAAAACUGGAUUAAUUAAAGAAGUGGGCUUCACGAGAACUCUCAUGCGAAAUACGAUGACGAAUGACGAAAGUAACAUUUUAAGUACAGGCUAUACGUGGGGUUUGGUGCUACAGGGUGUAACUAAGAAAAAAAAGAGAAGAAAAAAGAAGAAGCUGUCAGAGGAUGAGAAAGACAACCCCGAGAUUGAGGAGGAGAAAUGGUGGUCGUACAUGCGAGAGGAAGUUAUGGCCAGUGCUCGUUUUCCGACGAUCGAUCAACCGGUCGCAGAAGCACUCUGCGUGCUGGCCGACUUGGACACAUGGCACGUCGGAAUCUUGUCGAAUAACGCGCCGUGGCAAAGUCCUCCACUACCAGUCGGUAUGUCGCGUCUGGUAUCAAAUAUGCUAGAGUCCUUCGCCUAUGUAUGGCGAAAAUACCACUCUCCUACUCAUUGCAUAGCGAUUUUGGAGGCUAAACUGAGGGAAUUAUGGUUGAGAAGCGAAGCCUUGGCGGAAAUGAUGAUGUCCAUGGAAGAGUCUGACGCCAAUGUGAACAGUUUAAUGAACGCUCUUGAUCUCGAUGCAGCCGAUAUACCACUUUUACUCGCGGUCGCAACCACUCAUUCUCCGGAAAUAGCGCAACGAUUUGGUCUUACGUUAACUUAAGUUCGUUCGCGAUUGUUCAUAUCGGUUUUCUUCUUACGUUAUCUUGACAGAUACUUUCUGAGUAGCGUAUCAAUGUAUGUUGAUACUUAAAUCAAAAGAAACUAAUGAUUCUUCGUUGAAUAGCAUAAUUUCAUAACACGUAAUUAAGUACAUGAUCUUAAUCGUGCGCAUGUAAAUUUAUUAAUUUAGGCUAUAGAAUUAAGAUUAUUUUAUUCUCGCGUUUAGUCAUUCGUUUCAGCGUUUUUUAAUGAAUUGCGCGUAGCUCUUAUAACACAAAAUCAAUGGCUGAUUUCUUACUAAUAAAAUAUGUAUUGUCUAUAUUUGGUUUUUUACACGAUUUAGGUGAACUUACAAUUGUACACAUUUAAUUAAUAAAU